AUGGCGGUCCAAUCCCUACGAGAAAUAAAUUCAUAUAACCUACGCACUUUCAAAAGCCAUUAUGUCGCCGAGAUCUCAGGCUCACUCGGCGAUCUGGGCACAUUUCUACCCAUUGCCAUCGCCCUAGCGGCGAACGGCACCAUCUCCCUCGCCAGCACGUUAGUCUUCUCAGGCAUCUUCAACAUUCUCACCGGCCUAUACUUCGGGAUCCCACUACCAGUGCAGCCCAUGAAAGCCAUCGCGGCCGUGGCGAUCGCGCGCAGUUUCCCGAACGGCGCGAUCGCUGCGGCCGGUAUCUUCGUCGGCGCUUGUAUCUUCGUCUUCAGCAUAACGGGCAUCUUACAUUGGUUCGCAAAUGCUAUUCCCAUCCCUAUUGUAAAAGGUAUCCAGGUUGGCGCGGGUUUGUCUCUGAUCAUCACUGCUUGUGGGAACGUGCUCCAACCAUUGGGGUGGAUCAGUCCGUCCUGGGCAGAUAACCGCCUCUGGGCGAUCGCGGCUUUUGUGGCGCUAGUCAUGACAAAUGUCUUCCGUCGCGUGCCUUAUGCGCUCGCUGUGUUUGUUUUGGGUCUGGUGUUUGCUAUUAUUCGCACCGCGGAGGCGGGAUAUCUGCCCGGCUUCGAGAUUUGGCAACCUUCCGGUAUGCUCCCAACACCGAGGCAAUGGGCUACUGGUUCUCUGGAUGCUGGUAUCGGUCAGAUUCCAUUGACGACGUUGAACUCUAUCGUUGCGGUUGUUCAUCUUGCCCAUGAUCUGCUGCCAAACGUGCGCACCCCAUCCAUUACCCAUAUUGGGAUGAGUGUUGCCGGUAUGAACCUCCUGGGCUGUUGGUUCGGUGCGAUGCCCGUCUGCCACGGCUCUGGUGGACUUGCAGCGCAGUACCGGUUUGGCGCCCGAUCCGGUGCGAGUGUCAUAUUCCUUGGAGGGCUAAAGCUCAUUAUUGGCUUGCUAUUUGGCGAGACGUUGGUUGAUCUUCUGAAACGAUUCCCCGGUGCGUUCCUGGGCGUCAUGGUCAUCGCUGCUGGCGUCGAGCUGCUUAGUGUUGGAGAGAGUCUUAACACGACCGGUGCUCAGGACCUCAAACAAGCAGGACAUGGUCUAUUGGGCAGUGCCGAACAGCAUCUAGGCCCCAUUCUCACAGACGAGGAACGAAGCCGUCGCUGGACUAUCAUGAUGGUCACAGUUGGAAUGUUGGUCGGUUUCAAGAACGAUGCUAUCGGCUUUGUUGCUGGCAUCAUUUGUCACUGUGCAUAUGAACUUCCUGGAUGGUGGGAGAGGGCACGGAGCCGUUGGUCAGAGGGACGCUUACGUCUGCGCGACUGA